GGUUAAUAGUCUACUUGGUACAUACAAAUGAAGGUCGCUAUGUGCGAGGUACCUGCACCACUCACCCACCAAGACAAUUCUGCCUCGGAUUCGAGAAGUCUCGCUUCAGUUGAAUGCCUGGCUUCCAUAUUGACGCAAUCUCCCUAGAGAUCAUUCUUUGGAAAAGCACCUGGAACAGGCCUCAGGUACGAGCACAUAACACGAAUCACUCCUCUCUGUCUACCUUGAACCCGGCGUGCGGCUUCGCUUCGCUCGGGCUAUCCGAGAGUAACUCGUACUCAUCAGCCUCACAUCAUGCAUCUUUGCCCGGUCAAUGCGGCCAGCCACCGCCAUCACUACGCUGCCUCACUCACCGAUCUUUCCACUCAGCCACCAUCGCCCCAUUUGGUCGCCUGCCGACUUUUGGCAUCGAUUUUCCUCUGCCAUUCUUUCGACAUGUCCUCAAUCGGAGGGUCUCAGAACACGAAAUCUCGCUGGAGGCGGUGGGGGGUUUGAGUAGGAUAGUCCACUAAUAGGCACGACCUCGCCACUCCCUCGUUCCCUUUGAGAGCAUACAAGGUUUCACCUGGUGUAUCACCUUCAGCAUGCACGCUGAGAACCACAUUUUCCUACCUUUACAUCAGCAUCUACCUGUCAUUGGACACAUUUUCUUCACGUCAACUUCCAAAACGCACUACAGUGAUGCAUGCUAGACAAAUCGGUACAGGUUGGGUACAUCUCUCUGGCUCUGUCCGGCACAGAGAGUAUUCGAGUACCGAUAUUGCAAAUCCUGAUUUUGACUUCGACUACCUUACUGACCGCCUGUCCGCCCCAUGAUGUCUUUCCCAAACCCAGGCCAUUGGAAAGAGUCCCUCUCCCAAGCCAGGCCAGACCAGGCCAGUCCACUUGCGGAGUAUCGCCUGGUGAAGCUGCGCCAUCUGUGGCACGUGGAUGGCCGGGACAGCCAUGACGCCCCGAUCAUAGAGAUCGCCAUGGAAAAGACGGAGGAUUUGCCUCGAGAUUAGGGAUGAGCACUUGCGCUUUCGUAUAUGCAGAUAUAUGGGAUCUCCGGACGACCUUUCCCGUCCGAAUUUUAUGAUUCGUCGGGCUUUUCUGCGACACCAUUUCUAGCUCGGCACCAAGGAUUUUUCGCACGUAUCCAAUCAGAGGCGAGAUCUUCACUUCUGUAUUCACAUUGGUCCUCUGCUUUGCGUCGACCAAUUUAUUUCUCAGACUUAUGUGAGCCCCAGGU